GUUCCAGGCAAAUAAGCGGCGGCAGUCGGUCGGACCGCAGCCGCCGGACCGCGGCCCCUGGUUAUCUCCCACGAACCUGCAGUAUGGACUGGGCGAACCUCGGGGACGGGCCGGCCGGCAUGAUCCCCGAGCUUGCCCUCGCCAGCGAUGUGGCCGACUAUGUUCGCUUCCGCGCCGUGUGCCAACCAUGGCGGCGGUGCUCGCCAGACCCGUGCGCCGGCGGCCUGGACAGUCUCUUCCUCCCCCACCAGUGGAUCAUGCUCGACAAAGCCUUUGCCGGGCCACGCCGCCAUCGUUUCCUCAACGUAUCUACAGGCGAGUGCAUCCGGAUGGACAUCCAGGAGCUCGGCGUCGGCGGCCACACGUUGCUUGCGCUCACCCCGGAGGGCCUCCUGCUGCUGCUCCACGAGCCCAGCCUGGUCGUCCGCCUGCUUAACCCUCUCACACACCAGCUCACCGAUCUCCCCCCGAUGACCGCGCUCCUGACACCAGAGCAGCAUCGAUCUUGGAGCUGUGGCUUUGAGAUGGGAAAAUUAAUCAGGGUGUCUGGCGUGGGCCUUGUUGUCGAAGCCUCCACGGUGGCAGUCAGUUUUUUUAAUCAGGGGCUUGUCGUCGCUAAGCCUGGCGAUGUGAGUUGGACCGUGGUCGCCAAUCAAUCCAUGAGUUCGUGUAUGCCUUUUGCCGGACGCUUCUACUGCGCCAACUACAGGGGCGUCAUGGUGCUGACGACCAGCUCGGAUCAGCAGCCGCCACGGCUUCAUAUGCUCGUUGACCGGAACAAGUCGUGUGAUCUUUUCCAAAUGAUGGACAACCACCACCACCUGGUGGACAAUGGUGGGGAGUUGAUGCUGGUGCACCGGACCACCCUAUACCGGUACAGCGGCUAUGAGCGGAGCUAUGAUGUUUAUAGAGUGGAUUUGGAAGCUGGGGCCCUGGUCCCGAUCAAGGGCUUCAACGGACGGGCCGUGUUCAUGGGCAUUGGUCGCACGAUUUCCGUAUCAGCCGAGACCCCCUUUUCAUCUAUUGCUGCUGAUACAAUCUACCCGGGGCACGAUUGUGAAGGUCAGAUUCAGGGGUACAAUAUUGCGGAUGGAAGCACAUACAGUGUCGGACUAGAUGAGUUGGUAUGUCCGCCUGGUGUUAUGGAUUGUCUUCGCUUCUGCAUCCAGGGAGUCGGCAGAUGGCUUGCUUGAGCCUCACGUCUACUGCUGUGAUUCUGGUUCGGGAGUUGCAUGCUUUGUGAGUAUAUCAGUAGUUACUAUGCACUGUGUAUCAGACCAUGUUAAACAUAUGCAUCUCAAAUAAGGUAAACGCUCAUAAGUUUACUUAUUUAUAUCCAAUAGU